AUGUGUACGCUGGUUGGCUUAAACAAACUUCUACAAUCUACUGAGAAGGAGAUUUAUUUAGUUGAAAGCAAUGUUUCUUUAGUAUCUCUACAAUUGACUUUGUUUCGAACACACAGUAUUUGUGAAGAAUUCAAAGAGGCAUUUUCGUUGUUUGAUAAAGAUGGCGAUGGCACAAUUACAACAAAAGAAUUGGGUACGGUUAUGCGAUCUCUAGGCCAGAACCCCACUGAAGCCGAAUUACAGGAUAUGAUCAAUGAAGUUGAUGCUGAUGGUAAUGGAACGAUUGAUUUCCCGGAAUUCCUCACCAUGAUGGCACGGAAAAUGAAGGAUACAGAUAGCGAAGAAGAGAUUCGUGAAGCCUUCCGAGUAUUCGACAAGGAUGGUAACGGUUUCAUAUCUGCAGCCGAACUGCGUCACGUUAUGACCAAUCUUGGCGAAAAACUGACCGAUGAAGAGGUGGAUGAAAUGAUUAGGGAAGCUGAUAUUGAUGGGGAUGGUCAGGUCAAUUACGAAGGUGAACAGUGUUAUUGA